CCACCUCCAGAACAUUGACAAGCUCCUGCUGGUUUGUCAAGGAUGGCUCUGCCUUGUCUCUAAGAGGCUCUUCCUCCUCCUCAAAGGGCUCCACCCCUUCCUGAAGUGACCACUCUACAAAUUAAGGACGAUGGAAAAAAGGACCUACUGUAAAAACACGAGUCACAGAUCCCCUAUAUAAAACAGGAGUGGGCUGCUGUUUUUGGGGACCUACAGUAAAGACAGUCAAAGAUCCUCCCAGGACAGGAGUGGGCUGCUGUUUUAGGGUACCUACAGUAAAGACACUAGUCAAAGAUCCUCCCAUGACAGGAGUGGGCUGCUGUUUUUGGGGACCUACAGUAAAGACACUAGUCAAAGAUCCCCCCAUGACAGUAGUGGGCUGCUGUUUUUGGGGACCUACAGUAAAGACACUAGUCAAAGAUCCCCCCAUGACAGGAGUGGGCUGCUGUUUUUGGGGACCUACAGUAAAGACACUAGUCAAAGAUCCCCCCAUGACAGGAGUGGGCUGCUGUUUUUGGGGACCUACAGUAAAGACACUAGUCAAAGAUCCCCCCACGGCAGGAGUGAGCUGCUGUUUUUGGGGACCGACAGUAAAGACACUAGUCAAAGAUCCAUCCAUGACAGGAGUGGGCUGCUGUUUUUGGGGACCUACAGUAAAGACACUAGUCAAAGAUCCUCCCAUGACAGGAGUGGGCUGCUGCUUUUGGGGACCUACAGUAAAGACACUAGUCAAAGAUCCUCCCAUGACAGGAGUAGGCUGCUGUUUUUGGGGACCUACAGUAAAGACACUCGUCAAAGAUCCUCCCAUGACAGGAGUAGGCUGCUGUUUUUGGGGACCUAUAGUAAAGACACAAGUUAAAGAUCCUCCCAUGACAGGAGUGGGCUGCUGUUUUUGGGGACCUACAGUAAAGACACUAGUCAAAGAUCCUCCCAUGACAGGAGUGGGAUGCUGUUUUUGGGGACCUAUAGUAAAGACACAAGUCAAAGAUCCUCCCAUGACAGGAGUGGGCUGCUGUUUUUGGGGACCUACAGUAAAGACACUAGUCAAAUAUCCUCCCAUGACAGGAGUGGGCUGCUGUUUUUGGGGACCUACAGUAAAGACACUAGUCAAAUAUCCUCCCAUGACAGGAGUGGGCUGCUGUUUUUGGAGACCUACAGUAAAGACACUAGUCAAAGAUCCUUCCAUGACAGGAGUGGGCUGCUGUUUUUGGGGACCUACAGUAAAGACACUAGUCAAAGAUCCUCCCAUGACAGGAGUGGGCUGCUGUUUUUGGGGACCUACAGUAAAGACACUAAUGAAAUAUCCUCAAUACAACAUCAUUUUUCUGCUGUUUCUUGUGACAUAGUAUAACAAAGCCAGUCAAAGAUCCUCUAUAUAGCAUAAUUGUUCUGCUGUUUUUUGGUACUUAGUAUAAAAAUGGUAGUCAAAGAUCCUCUAUAUAACUGGAGUAUUCUGCCGUUUUUUGGGGACCUACUGUAACAAUAGUCAAAGAUCCUCUAUAUCAGUGGUUCUUAACCUUGUUGGAGGUACCGAACCCCACCAGUUUCAUAUGUGCAUUCACCGAACACUU